AUGAUAUCUGUUCACAGUCGACAAGACGCCAAGCUCGCUUUGUACGAGAUGAGACAAACGGAGGAGUUUCUAGCAUCAGAAUUCAGUAAACUCACCGUAGAAGAACGAUCUGAGGCUCUGGAUGACAUUCAUUGUGUCGGCGACGAGCUCGAGGAAUCACCGGAGAUUAUUGAGAGAUUGCUCGUAGAUUUCGAAGAAGCUGUUCAGCACGAAGGAAACGCAAUUUAUGAUAUCGCAGUCAACCAAAACAAAGCAUUUGUCGAAGAUCCUUCUUUUCGCUUGCGUUUUCUACGGUACAAUAUGCACGAUGUGAAGCGAUCAGUUCGUCAGAUGAUGAAGUUCCUGGAGAACAAGGCGACAUACUUUGGGGAGGACAAGGUUGCUCGAGAGAUUACGCUGAAGGAUUUGAAUGACGACGACACGCAGUUGCUUUUAGCUGGAUUGUACCAUAUUCAGAAAGAACGAGACCAGAGCGGACGAAUCGUCUUAUAUUUAAUGACUGAAAUGUUCGGGAGAUCCAAAGUUGAGACCAUGAUCCGCGUUGCGUAUUACAUAUUCAAUAAUAUCUUGAUUCCUAUUACGGAAGUCCAAACGAAAGGGAUCGUUGGUGUCUACUACGAUGUGACAAAACAAGGGGAGAAUUUUCAGAUGCCUGGAUUCACUUUCCUUCUAACACUGAUGGAUGCUGUCACAUCUUUUCCUAUGCGGUACUCGGCAUUGCACAUUUGCUUAAAGCCCAAACGAAGCAGUUUGGUAUUGAGCAAUACCCUUCUUCGCUACACUCUGAGUCUAACUUCAUCUCGCACGAGGACAAGGACUCGCAUUCACUAUGGCACGGGCAUGGAAUUGCAAUACGCACUGCGUGGGCAUGGUGUUCCCACUGAGAACUGUCCGGUCAAAAUAGACGGGGGUUUGCGGAAAGACAUUUUGAAUGCUUGGUUCCACGAGCACGAAGCAGAUAUUCGGCUCACUCACUGGGCAACAAAUCAGCCAAGACCACACGAUGUCCUUUUUGGAAAAGGAUAUCGUAUCCAAAAUCAUUCCGGCAAUUACCGCUUUCGGAGUUUUCUUUUGUCGCACAGGGAUGAAUAUGAUAGAGCUCCGCGAUCCUUGAGGCCAGAGAUUACAGCAAGACUGGCCCGAGCUCUUCUCGAGAACGGGACACGAUUUCUCAAGCGAGGAGAAGGUGAUGAGUGGAUUGAAGUUGACCUGGAAGAGGCAGCCAAGAAGGCUGGUCAGCUGUUUAGAACGUUUCGGAAGAAAACUUGA